GGCGCCUUGUAGCAAAUUGCAUUUCUCUCUGUUCUGUGUCAUGUGCGUGAUUUAUCGGGCAUAUUUUCGCCUGUUUGGGGGAUGAUAACGAAAAAUGCUUAUGUCAAAUGAUACUUCAGGUUCUUUUAUUUGGAGGUAACAAUGUUUGAAGACCAUGGGGAAAAAGUAGGAGAAUUUCCCGACCUCUGCAGCCUGUUGGAAUCAGCGAAGGUCACCGAUAGAAAAGUGAGUAUUUGCAGUCAGCUGAAAUAUGCGGUAGCGCCUUUCGUUCUUUUUAGAUAACGCUUUCUGUGUUUUGCGCUUUGCAAUAUUAUGUGGAUGGUAGACUCAUUAAGAAUUACUGUACGAUAAGGUAAGAGCCCUGUGGAUGGUGAAAUGUCCGCAGAUUGCUGCUUUUUCGUGACGUUAGCGUAGCUGCGUAGCAAGCGUUUCCAACCGAGUUAUAUAUUGUGCGGAAGUUAGAGCGGGAGCAAAAAAACUGGAAGUGGGAAGGGGGAGGGGUUAAAAGGCAAGCGUUUCCUUCUCUCCCCUGCUCUGGAUACCCAGUCACAUCAUUUACAGUUGUCAGAACGCUUUAAAGAACGAGGUAUAACACAAUAGGCACUUUUGUUAUUCAAUGAUAUGCAAAGAAGUGGCCGGGCAUUCUGAAGUUUGGCUCCUCCUCCUCCCCCGUUGGUCUUUUUUUUGCUCUCCUCACAACUUUCUUGACGUCUUCGGGCAGAAGUGCUUGCUACGCUUCUACAUGAUGUUACCUUUUGGAGUUGGGCGUGCAUGCAACGUCGAUAUUACAUGCACUUGUUAAUAAACAGAGAACAUUGAUUAUAAUUAAUGAAUAGACAAAAAUUUUCCAUGGUAAGUACUCUUAUCGACCAUAGAAAUGAGGUCAACACGUUCAAAACUCAAGUGGAAUGGCAAGUGAUUUCACUGCAAAUUUUUGAACAUUUUGAUGUUGAUAAGAAGUACAGACCGUGGAAAAUUGUUGCAAAAUUGUUUUUUGCCACAACAUUGACAGGUUUGAUGCCCAUUUAGUUGAAGUUUCUCAGGAAACAUGCAUGCAAAAAAGAGAAAAACAAAUUACAGCACCAUCACAUCAUUAUCAAACAUAGCUGUCUACCAAUCAGCACACUAGAAAUAGCUCAGUUAUGGUAAAAUUUGAUGUGAGAAUGGGUUCCCUUUUCAAAUCAUGUGGUUUUCUCAUGGGCAUCUUCUGCAGUCCCUAUUGUUCUUCAAAACAUUAUGACAAAGAUUUCAUGGUCAAACUCAAUAAUUAUGCUGGGCAGUGCUGUUUCACAGGGUAAAGAGUUGAUUCCUCUCACUCAGUGAUUUUAAUUGCUGUUUUUUUUUUAUUUUCUGUUUUUUUUUUGGUGAUCGAAGAUCACAAACAGUUUAUUACCAGUCCAGCAAGAAUCUACAAGGACUCGUAAUUGUUAAUAGACUUGAUUGCUGCAAGCUUUCCACAAAAUAUUCGAGACACUGGAGUUAUAACCUCCCUCCUCAGUGACCACAAAUUGUUUUACUGUAUCCGUAGUCUUAACUGGAAGAGAGUGCCAUCUCCAAUUAAAAGUUUCCGGAAUUAUACACAUUAUAAUCCAGCCUAUUUUGGCGAGGAUCGGGAUUAAAUUUUCACAGAUAAGGGAAAUAAUUGUCAUGCUCUUUCCAUAUUUAGAGAUGGUAUUUAAAUAGCUUGAUAAGACUUCUUUAUGAGGAAAAAAAGUAAAUAAAGUCAAAGGUUCAUCUGCAGGGCUAGGUUGUUCAAAGCUGGAUUAAGAUAACUUGUGGCUAAAGGACGUGGAAUUUGAAUUCAGAUACGAAGACUUAAAAAAGUACAUUCAGUUUAAUUCCUUUUGUCGGCAAGUUGAUGUUUGGAUGCUGUUAAAACUAACAGAGAAAAUUAUCCAAGAAAAGGCUUUUGAACAAAAGCAAAAGAAACCCAGGUUAAGGUGGCUCAACUGGAUUUUUUGGGGGGGAUACCUCCCAAGUUUGAGCAUUAACUACGUCGCCACGAGUAAAGAUAUGGGAAAAAGAUUACCACAACUGUAUUAUAUAGAGAUGAAAAUUUCUUAUGAUCUGGGUUUUAUUGCAAUCGGAGUCGCCAUAGCAACGUAACAACGCCAUUACAUUUUUUAUUUAUCUUUGUGUUUCUUUGUACCGGGAGUUUUUUUAAGAAAUCGCUUAACCCAUUCGCCCCUGAACCGCCCGUAACCGCCCGUGCGGAUCCAGGUCCUUUCUACCCUUUGUGACGUCAUCAGUUUUAACGGGCAAGGACAACUUUCUUCGCACAUGUGUGCAGAGUGAAGAGAUCUUUCAAACCAUACCAGAAUGAGCACAAUUCUGUCAAGGACACCGGAGAAAGAAGCAAAAAACCACGUGACAAGGACCUGAAAAUCUCCACGAAAAUCUUGUUCCAUUACCCACCUACCUUUCCUUUCACCUAAUGCUAAGAUCCUAAAAGCUUUCCUAAAAACUCUUCCCACCAAAAUGAAGCCUACUAAAUGCCCAGCAAGAGAAAAAAAAAAUGAGGCAAGAAAAGCGAAAAAAGGAGGGAGGAGAGAAAGCGAAAAGUAAAAGUCAAGACUGCUGAGUCACUUUUAAGCCCAAAAACUAUGUCGAAAUUUUGCUUUCUGCGCAUGCCCUAACUUCGCAAGCUGAUAUUUUGCAUCUGGAUCAGAAGGCCGCCAAGUGUACGACCUGUAAACCGGUUUGUGGUAAGUUUUAGCUCUUUAUAGCACGACAGUGACCAGAAAACCACUCGACUAGCUUCAAAACGCGUUUUUCGGCAAAAUCUCCAGGAGCGAAUGGGUUAAGGGAGUUUGUACCUGUCAUAAUUGCCUCAAUUAUGGCAAAGUUUGAACAAAUUCUAUGAGAGCGUUUUUGAGAUAUUUUGAAACGAAGUUUUAAGCAUCAUAAAAACAGAGAAAUAGCAUGCUAUCCAUACAAUUAACUAAAUUUUUAAGAAAAUGAUAAGCUUUGGAAAUGCGGCUUCAUCUCAUAGUGGUUUGAUUCCAUUGAAAGCUACGUACAAAAAAAAGGGGAGAAUAGCCCUUAUGCAUGUUUACGUCACACAAGCAAAUUUCACCACCAAGCCUCGUUUUGAAAUUAAAAAUAAGCGAAGUUUCACAGAAAUGAAUUCCCAAGGCAGUAGAGUUGAAAAGAAUACCCACGCACAAAAAGUGCAAAUGCAAAAAAUUUUGUUCACAAACGAGGCUUGUUGGUGAAAUUUACUCGUCUGACGUAAUCAUGCAUAGGGGCUAUUGCUCUGAGCGAUCACGAGUAAGAAGAAUUUUAGUAACUUGCAUUCCACGGCUUUUGUUACAGUUUUUGCACGUAAUUUGGUCCAUGCCUACAAAUUUCACAUUUUUCAAAAAACCACUCGAUAAAUUUUUUUUAUAAAUUUGACAAUCCCGAGAUCAAUCCUCUAUAAAUAUACCCUGCAAGUUUCAAGAACAUUGAAAACAGAGAAGUCUUUUAAAUAGGGCGUCAAAUAUAACCAAUUUUCCCCCCAGAUUUUGUGUUUACAAGUGAGCGUCCAUAUGCACGUGCACAUUUAGCAAAAAGAUAGAAUUUGCAACAAAAAGAACCCUCGGUUAAAUCUCCCGAAUAUGCUAAUAACCAGGUAAAGAAAUUAGUGAUAUAUUAUAACAUCACAUCAACUCUUUGUGAGAGUUUCUGUGAUGUUGUAACCUGAGUAAGAUAACUAAGUAUUGCAUCCUACAUGAUGAGCCGUGACGUUCACCGUCUCGGCUCUCACUGCUAUCUGUGACACAAGCCAAUUAUUAGCAUAUUCCGGAUAUUUCUUCCGAAAGUAAUCGAGAGUUCUUUUUGAUGCAAAUUUAUUUCUUUUUGCUAAAAUAAUGUGCACGUGCAUAUGAAACUUGCAAACAAUGCCAGUGAAUAAUGAGGACGCUCACUUGUAAACACAAAACCUGGGGGAAAAAUUGGUUAUAUUUGAGGCCCUAUUUAAAAGCCUUCUCUGUUUUCAAUGUUCUUGAAACUUGCAGGGUAUUUCUAUAGAGGAUUGAUCUCGGGAUUGUCAAAUGUAUAAAAAAAUUUAUCGAGCGGUUUUUUGAAAAAUGCAAAAAUUGUCGGCAUGGACCAAAUUACGUGCUAAAACUGUAACAAAAGCAGCGGAAUGCAAGUUACUAAAAUUCUUCUUACUCGCGAUCGCCCAGAGCAAUUCCUCUCUUUUCUUAUACGCAGUUUUCUAUGGAAUCAAACCACUAUAACAUGAAGCCGCGUUUCCAAAGCUUAUCAUUUUCUUAAAAAAUUAGUUAAUUGUGUGGAUAGCAUGCUAUUUCCCUGUUUUUAUGAUGCUUAAAACGUCGUUUUAAAAUAUUUCGAAAACGCUCUCAUAGAAAUUGUUCAAACUUUGAUAUAAUUGAGGCAAUUAUGGCAGGUACAAACUCCCUUAACCGAUUUCUUAAAAAAACUCCCGGUACAGAGAAACACAAAGAUAAAUAAAAAACGUAAUGGCGUUGUAAUGUUGCCAUGGUGACUUCGAUUGCAAUAAAACCCAGAUCAUAAGAAAUUUUCAUCUUUAUACAAUACAGUUGUGGUAAUCUUUUUCCCAUAUCUUUACUCAUGGCGUAGUUAAUUCUCAAACUUGGGAGGUAUCCCCCGAAAAAAAUCCAGUCAAGCCACCUUAAGCACUAAUCUGCCUUUGAACAACUGUAAAGGCCGGCUUUGCAGGGCUCGAAAUUAAAAAAUCCUCAUGUCGCCUUUUGGCAACCAACUGGACAAAUAUAGUCGCCAGAUGCAAAUUUUAGGUCACCAGUUUGUAUGAUGUGAAUGACGCAGCUCAUAGUAUCAGGGCUUCUGAUAUUUAGCAUGGCCGUGGAGCUGAGAAAUUCGCAAAAACAUGCAAAAUACUGCAAAAGUCAUAAGAAAUCUUAUCAAAUACUUGCUAUACAACAUAUUUGAAACUUGUCUCAGCUAUUGGGCUGUUUAAUUGCCGUAAACUUGCAAAUUUAUUUUGAAACUUCAUCACAACAAUGAGCGAACAACGUCCCAAAACUACCAGGUGUAAAUAAUUAUGCUGCUAAAACUGGGCAUUGGUCAUGAUGUUAAAAGCUUUGCCAUUGGCUCAUUUCUCGAGUGCCUUGUUGUUAGAAUAGCAAAUGAUUAUUUCUCUUCAAAACAUUAAACACGCUCAUCAAAUCAGCGGAAAACAGAUGGAUUUCUAGUGAAAUUUGCCCUUAAAAUUCCCAUGAAAUUGGCCAUUUUUUACCAACUGUUUUGCAGUAAAGUUAGCCCCGAAAAUUUCUGUGAAUCUGUCUCUGAAAAUCCUUUGAAAUUUGACUUCUGUGUGACAUAUCAGAUUUGAUUGUUUGAAAAUAUCGCAGUCAGAAGUUGGUAUAAAUUUGGAGGUAAACUGGCUUUGUUUAUGUGAUUUGGCACAUUUUUUAUGAUGAAAGCAAAGCAAGAUAAGAUGAAAUGUUUGUUUUAUCUUUACUCUUUUAAUUUAAAUCUAAAUCACAGAGAAAUCUGGUCACCAAAGUGGUGACUAAACCAGAAUUUUUAGUUGCCAAGGAGAAAAUGUUAGUUGCAUUGGCGACAGUAUCAGUCGCCAUUUCGAGCCCUGCUUUGUGAGCAUCAUUUUUUUUAUCACAAUCACUAAUUAAAUUCAUUUAAUUGAUUCAGGAUGCUGCAACCAAGAUUCUCAAUUCUUUGAGCUCACCUGCGGUAUUAAAAAUUAUUGAUGAGAAUUCAGUUUUAAAAAGAAAAAGAUCCAUUACAUGGGACAGGAUCUUUGAGAGUGUUCAAGUAUUUGUUGAGAAGGAGUUGAGCUGUAUUGGUCGUUUAACGUCAACACUGGAAACACGGCAGAAGGUAAUGUAUGGAUUGGUAAUGUGCCUCUAUUACUCAGUUUGUAUUUUUUUGCUUCUUGGCUGUUCUCUCGCUGAAGUUUUGUGUAAGGUUGCUGAACACAGUUUUGGAAGUUUGUGAGUAUACAUCAUUUGCCAAAUCAUGGCAAGAGAAAGUUGCAGCUCACAAGAUGAAAGUUAUAAACUGAAAAAUAUACUGAUGAAAGAUUUUGAUUGACCGUUAGAAUUUGACUUUCCGCAGUUUCCAUGGCAACAUGAAUGAUUGAAUACAAUCUUAAAAUUUUUACUUUUGCUCAGUUUACGUAACAUUCGCUCAUUAGAUUUUUCUAUAAACUUGAAUACAGCUUACUAUAAUAAAUCAUUACCAUUUGAAACUUAUUUGACCAAAAUACUUUUAACAGAUGGGUUUUUAGAUAAUCAAUAAUAAAAUUGUACUGUAAUUCAAUUCUAACUCAGAAUUUCUUUCAAUGUUCUUCUUUCCACACAUAUCAUUUCAUUUAUUAUUCAUUGCUCACACAGUAUUUAUGUGACUGUGCGAUACAGUUGAUGUUGUGUGUUCAUUUGACAUAAUGUGACUUCGUGAUGCGGUAGUUAUGUCAGCCCACAAUUGACCUACUCACCACUGAGUUCUCAGUAGCUCAGUGUUUAGAGCAUCUGACUAGUGUACGUAAGGUUGUGGGUUAAUCCCCUCUGGAACUCAAAAUGUUUUUCUGUGUUUCUCUCUCCACACAUAUCAUUUCAUUUGGUAUUAUUAAAUGUGUCGCAAAAAUUGUCUGUUCAAGUUCCAUUUUAAAGUUCUCAUCAUUUAAAAAACGAUGAAAGCAAAAAUUGUGUCAAACAUCGCAAUAUUUUCAUGAGUAGAUUUUUAGAAAUAGUUUUCUGUGUACCAUUGCUUUUUUCCCUGCCACGUUUCUUUGUCUUAUUUAAAACAUGCGCCAUCAUGCGAGUUACCGCUGACUAUCGCAAAACUGUGUCCAGCCACCUGAAACAAUUGCAAACUUUCUGUAACUCAUUGUUAAAAAUGGUUUCCAGUGACUUCAGAUUCUUUUCUGAUAGGUAGAUAGAUUAUAUGAUAACAAAAAUUGCAGUCAUAGCCUGGAUAACAUAACAUGAUUUGAGUUGAAAGCUUAAAAACUAAAAAUCAUGAAUUUAAAAUGUAAAAAAUAAAAAUAUGCAAUAUGAGACUAUUCACAUCAUUGCCUUACUGACAUUGUAAUGGAUAAAACUAUUGCAAGUAUGGAUAGUGUGGGGGCAGAAGUAAAAUUGCGCUUAUUGUAUUUAUUCCAUUAAACUCUGACGUCGCAUUUUAGAGCAGAAAAUUAAUGUUAAUAAACACCGCCCUCGAAUAAACGGCGCGUCAUGAUGCACCAUUUAUUACAAUAAUAGACUCGAAAAGAAAAUGCAAUAAAGAUCAAGUUUGAGCAGCCUAAAAAAUUUAUUUUCCUUGAUUGUAACAAUGGUUUAAGAUCAGUACAUUUGAAGCACAAAGGAAUAUUCGAGGCUGACCCUGUGAACUGGGACACGCAUAUUGAUCACGUGCUUAGUAAGGCCAGUAGUCGUUUGUAUAUUUUAAGAGUUUGUAGAUUCUAUGGCUACCCUAAGGAGCAAUUAGAUCUGCUCUUCCGAAGUCUAAUUAUCUCAGUCUUCACUUAUGCUAUUGAGGUGUGGGGUUGCUGUU